UGUUCAUGUUGACAUUUUCAGAUUUUCUCAAAUUUAUUUGCUCCCCAUUCACCCAAAAAAAGUCCAUUAUGUUCAGCAGAAAACAAAGAAUUAGAGAGGCAGUUUAUAUAUUCACUAGAUACCCAGAACCAGGAAAAUGUAAAACGCGGUUAGUCCCAAUGUUGGGAGAGAAAGGAGCUGCAAGGGUCCAGAUGUUGAUGACUGAGCAUAUUCUUGGACAAGUCCUUGAGCUAAAGAAUGCCAAGCCUGAUCUUCAUGUCGUCGUCUACUUCAGUGGAACGAACGAGAAGACCAUGCAUUAUUGGAUUGAUAGGAAAUAUGCCAACCACAAACUUCUGCUGAAGCCACAGAGGGGUGAUGACCUGGGAGAGAAACUGAUGAACGCUUGCCUUGAUAGCUUCCAUAGUGGUGUUGAGAGGUUGAUCAUUGUUGGCUGUGACAUUCCUGGGAUCAACCACGGUAUACUAGAAGAUGCAUUCAGUAUGUUAAAGUGGGAUGAUUGUGACCUCGUGAUAGGCCCAGCAGAAGAUGGCGGUUACUACCUGCUCGGAACCAAUAGACGCAUUGGAGUUAAUACAAUAGAAUCCCUCUUCAAGGGUAUCGAAUGGGGUACGAGUAAAGUCUUCGAACAGCAGGUAGAAGCUGCGGAAUUCCUCGGAAUGAAGGCAGCUAAACUUGACCAGACGCUUCGCGAUGUGGACACACCAGAGGAUAUAGGAGUCUUUGAGCAGGAAUUGGGUGUCCGAACGAAAGAGGUUACCUCACCGAUGUGGUCAAUUAUUAUUCCAUGCUUGAAUGAAGUUGAUGAGAUUGAAAACUGUUUACAGAGUGCUAUUCUGAGCUGCAGUGAGCCGAGUAAAGUCGAGCUGAUUAUCUGUGAUGGUGGAAGUGAUGAUGGGUCGGUUGAAAAGGUCAAGGAGGUCCUGACCGAUCGGGGUGUCCUAUGGAAGCUUAUCCACAGUCCUGCUGGUCGUGGACGACAGAUGGUCGCAGGGGCGUCCGAGAGUUCCGGAGACAACCUUCUCUUCCUUCAUGUCGAUAGUCGACUUCCACAGAACUUUGACCAACAUGCUGAAGACUGUCUAUGGAUCCCAGGGAUUGUGGCGGGAGCCUUCCGGUUCCAACUGGAUUUUGAGCCAGGGAAAGUGGACCCUAAGGCUAGUCCCCGUGCUAGUCCAACUCCUACUCCUGAUGAUGCGCCGGGCCCGGUCCCAGAAACUGGCAAGACUUCCAAGUUGAGCAAGUUCCAAGCACGACUUUUAGAAUGGGGUGCAAACAUAAGGUCGAAAUACGGAGAGCUUCCCUAUGGUGACCAAGCUAUAUUCCUGAGGAAGAAGAUUUACCUCCAGGUCGGUGGUAUGCCAGGGUACCCCCUCUUUGAAGAUUUUGCUUUGAUUGAAAAAUUAAAGUCACUUGGCCAUAUUGGUAUCGUCGAGGGCGAGCCUUGCUUGACGUCUGCUCGGCGCUGGGAGAAACAUGGCUAUUAUAAGGUAACUGGUAUGAACUCCAUGAUGGUGGCUGCCUACAUGUGCGGUGUUUCACCAGACCGCCUCGCCUCGUGGUACCAAGCCGGAAGAAAAGAGAAGAAGCCCGGCACCUCGGAAAGUGCAGAGAACAGCUCGACACACGAUGACAUGAGCGAUUUAACGACACCUGCAAGCGAUGGCGCAGAUCGGGUCGAACCAGUCGAGACGCCGCCAUAUUGAAACGAAAAAUGUGCAAUGACUAUUCCGGAUGCUGAAAUGAUUGCCGGGAGAGCUGACGAAAAAUGGGUGUGUGCCUUCGGGCUUGUUUGUAAGCCUCGCUAGGCAAACAGGGCCCUUCUUGCUGUGUUUCGAUGUGAGAACUAGUAUUGAAUGGACGGUCUAAAACUGCAGAUUCUGAGUAAAUUUUUUGUGGAAAUGUGUGACGAUAUAUCAUUAUAAGGAUUUGCAUUUGUCAAAAUGCGUGUUGAAGUGUCGAUUGACAAUAUCCCAAUGUAAUGUUUCGCAUUUUAGGUUGAUUGACCCAGGUUUCUCUUGACAAGAUAGCACCUUUAAUGAAAACUAAUUUCUGUGUUUCAAACCGAAAAAUGUGCUCUCACGUUAACGCCAUUUAUCUAUUGAUUUGGCAGUUUCUGUGUUUUAUAUGUAACAUGAGGCUCUGAACCUGCCUUUUCAAUGAUAUAUUGAAAUGAUUCCAAAAAUAUCCUGCCCAAACCUUAUAAUAUAUUUCGACAAGCAUUUAAAAUCAAUCGAUAUGUGCAUUUUGUUAUUCCAGUACCACUUGUGUGUGUUGAGAGAAGAUCAGACUUUUCGCUAGAUUUUCUUGAUUGGGGAGUCGAUUUAGACAUUUAUGAAAAUUGUGGGAUGGGGUUUGAUGCAAUUGACUUCAAAGUCCAGAGCUUUGAACUGCGGGCCAUUUCCAAAUUUCAUGCUUCAACAGGAAUUUUUUAGGGUUGAUGAAAGGUCUGGUAGAUUCUGUCAAAUAAUUUUGGCGCAGUUUCAGACUUAGUGCUGUGUAGUCAUUUAUACAUGUUAUAGUUUUUUUAAACAUUUAUUUGGUUGCAUUAACUUCUACUUGGUGUGAUUCAUCAGCUUAUUACUUAUUACUUAUUCUAAUAUUGAUAUACAUGUACAUGUACAUUUACAUAACGCCUGAUGAAGCCGCUAUCCCACCGAACACCAUUUUUGAACAAGCGCGCUAGGUACAAUUUUUAAAGUUGGGAGAAGGGGGGAACUCUUCAGCCUGCACUGGAGAACAUGCUGAGAUGAUGAACCUCACCGCAACAAAGGUUGUUAUGACAUACUAUACAAUCUGGUGAUGUCAUACCAUAUAAAUGGCAGCCUGCAUAGACCAGUGCAGGUUUUUUUGCGAGAAUGGCCAGCCAAACAUGAAUGGGCCCAUUAGUAGCCACAUGUGACCUGAUUAUCCUCUCAAAAGUUAUAUUCUCACUGUGGAGCUCUGAUCUACUUACUCUUUAAAAACUAGAAACCACCAGGAGGACUCCCUUCUCAAGGAUACCUUCCCUUUCUUGACUCCUAGACUCACCGCGUCUAUGGAACACUUUGUUGCUACAAGCAAUGUCAAAUUCUAUGUUUUAUCUUUAUUAUACCAUAGAUAAUUACGAUUAUUGUGUAUAUAUUGUUAUAUUUUACAAAUGAGUGAUAUUUACCUUAUAUUAUCAUACAAACCUUGGGUAGAAUUAGUGAGAUUUUAAGAUUAAGAUGUUGUCGAGUUUAGUACUUGGACAAACUGCAGGACUUAGCUGAUCUAAUGCACCUUGGCAUUUGCCCAGUUGAUGGAGGUUUACUCCAAUGCUGCUUGAGCAACAGGGCCUAGACCAACCUACCAUGGUUUCACAGGCAGGGAGAGUUCCUCAAUCGGCUGUAACUUUUCCGUUAAGUCCCAUUGCUACUAUUGUAAAUGAAAUCCACCGAACAAGACAACUAUUAGUUGAGCUCAUACUGGCAUUUGUCUCCAGUGUGUGAGAAAUUGGGCCCUGACCUAUCAAGUGCCUCCAAUGAAACAUUUUCCUUCUACUAUGGUUGAACAUAGUGAAAUUCUUCAGCGAUUGCCUCCGACUGUGUUAUAUUGGGUUGCAUAAUCCUGAAUUCCAUGAGUGUAGAAGACGUUUUUGCUUUUGCUAUACUUUGCAUCACCAGGUAUCGAUACUUCAUCAUGACUCUAUAUGUGUCUAAAAAACUGACAAGUACUCCAUAUAUCAAUGUGAUUCAUAAAAUAUAUUGUUAUCAGAUUAAAUAAAUGUUACAAAUAUCAAGUAUUCAUAUGAAUACUUGCAAAUAUAUAUAUAUAUACAUGUGUUGAUGUACAUAUGAUGUUUGAAUGUAAAUAUUGCGGAGAAAACAAUACUUCAAAUAUAUGUUCCAAUGUUUAUGGUUACAA